UGAGGUUUUAUUGCAGAGCAAGUCCUUAGAUAAUUCUUUGAAUUAUAAUUCUCUGAACCUACAACUGGAAUCUACCACUCUCAAUACAGAACCAAAAAAGAGAAGAUCCAAAUCUCAGACUAAUUUUGUAUUAUAUAAUAAUGAGCUCCGCUCUGACAUAUCUGAUUCAACACCUACUAAUAACUCUAUAGAAAAAAUAAGUAGUGAGGAUCUAGAUACAUUAUAUGAAAAAGAAGCUAGAAGAGAUGAGAAAAAUAAAGCAAAUAUGACUCGCCUAUUAGCUACUACUUAG